AUGUCUUCAAACGACGUUAACAAGUCAUUCUGGCUUGCUUACUGCGAUGCCAUCCGAACUCAGCUUGGAGAUGAUGCCGGCAACAAUGCCGCCUACUUCUUUAGCACUAAACCUCAACGUGCACCACUUGCUGGACCUCCCAAUCUGAUUGAUCCAAAGUACACCAACCAGGGGCUGUAUGAGAUUUGCGACAGUCAAUUGCACACCGACAAUCUAUUCUACGACCCGUCUGAGAAGAAGUCAUUCUCCCGUACGCUUCUGAAGUACAUGGACCACGUUGAUCUGGGCGGUAAUCCAAGUUCCGCCCAAAUGCAAAAAUUGCACGCAGCAGUCAUGAACCAAGACGCAGCAAGACAUGCUCUGGAUGAUGCCACAGAAAAGGCCAAAGCACGAUGGGAGAAGUACAAGAGUAACUACUCUGUUUCCGAUGAGACCUUUUCUACCUGGAGCGUGCAGAAUGAACCACAACUCCAUGCAAUGACGGCGAACUAUAACAUGGCGGUAAACGCAACCAACAUGGCAACAAUGCAUGCCUAUGGCCCCAGUGCAGGACCGUACUUACAGGACAAACAACAUAUGCAAGCUGCUGUUGAUCCCCAGUCGCGCCCAGGCAUCAACAUGCCCGUCACCGCCCUUGGUGCCUCGGAUGCCGACGCCAUACUACAGCAGAUCACGGCCAACAAAGCUGUGGCACCAUCCAAUGCCGACUACCAUGUUCCAUUCUACUCUGCUGCGAACUACCUUGAGCAGGUGAUGGAUUGGUUGAGGAAUCGGGGCGAUACCAACAAGUCGCGCAGUGAAGUGUCUUUCGACUUCGACACAGGAAACAGCGUUGAUGAGAACAGCUUCAGCCACACGAAUGGAGGCGGUGAUCACUAUGUGCCUUGGCUCUCUCUAGGUGUCAACGAUGACCGGUGCGAGGAGAGCUCCAUGACCAGCUACGGAGAUCAACUCCACACUACAAUCACCAUGUCUUGGGACGAUCAAUUCCGCGCGAUUGACAUUCAAUCGGGAAGGUGGGACAUCCGCGGCAGCUCUACCUACAAACUCAAGAGCGACGCCCCAGACGAAGUCAAGGGAUUGGCCCGCGUCGUGAAGUUCGUCGUCGUCUCGAACCUAGCCUUCGAAAUCGAAUUCUCUGGCGACACGACCACAGAAUUUCACAGUCAUGUUGGAAGCGGCGGGACCAUCCGCCUCUUUGGUAUUCCCGUUGCCGUCAACAGGGACGCGGACGGAGAGAGUGACAUUACCCACACGGCUGAUUGGUACCCCGAUGAGGGGAAGCUGUCUGUCACGCCUAAGCCUGAAGCGGGUUUCGCUAGUGUUGUUGCACUUGUUGGAGAGAAGGUCUGA